AUGGGUCGUGUCCCCGAGGGCAAACAGAGGAGACCUUUCACCAGUAUCGGGAAGGGGGGCCUGACGCUGCCCUCGGAGGCCGGCUACCCGCUGACGCCGACGGGGCCCAAGUUCUACAUGAUGGAGGCCCACUACGACAACCCCGAGGGACACGCGUUCAGGGACCAUUCAGGGAUACGGAUCAUCUACACGCCCGAACUCAGGUCCUAUGAUGCCGGAGUCCUGAGCGUGGGCCUCGACCCGAACUGGAAGCACCUGAUCCCGCCCCGCCAGAGGACCGUGCUGUCGGAGGGCCACUGCGUCGCCGAGUGCACGCAAGAGGCGCUUCCUAGGACAGGCAUCAACGUCUUCGCGGUGAUCCUCCACACGCACCUCCUCGGCCGCAAAGUCCGCGUGAGGCACCUCCGGGACGGCCACGAGCUCGAGCCGAUCGCGCAAGACAACAACUACGACUUCAACUACCAGGAGUACCGCGCCCUCAACACGCCCAGGACUGUCUUGCCGGGCGACCACCUGAUCGGCGAGUGCACCUACAACAGCCGCGAGCGCUCCACCAUCACCCUGGGCGGCUUCAAGACGCGCGACGAGAUGUGUCUGUCGUUCCUGUUCUACUGGCCGCGGGUCGACCUGUCGCUGUGCCACUCCAAGCCGUCGCUCAACACCGUGCUGCACUCGCUCGGCAUCCAGGAGCUGUCGGCCGAUUCCGACCCGAUCAAGAUCCGGCGGCCGAUCGAGCUGGCGGGGAAGACGCUGGAGUGGCGGCUCCUCAACUACGACUGGAAGAACCAGUUCGAGUACUUCCAGGCCGCCACGCACACCGGCACCAUCAACCCCAUGUGCUGGAGGCGAGGCGAGUCGCUGCUUCCGGAGCUGGAGAAGAUGGACUACGACUACCCGAACAUCACGGAGCCGUGGGCGCCCGAGAACGUAUGUCGCCAGCUGAGAAGGAUCUCGCGGCGCCGCAAGAACAAGGGAGGGCGAAGGAGGAACCACCACCCCACUCCUACGGGAGAGACGGAAGAGGAGCUGGAGGAGGAGGAGGUCAUGUUCGACGACCAGAGGAACUCCCGGCCGAUCGAGAGCAUCGACGUCGACCCUUACAACCACAGGGACUUCAACAUCCCGCUCAUCGAGGACCGCAUUGAGAACGACCACUUCGAGGGUUUCGGCGUCGAGGACACGGGCACCGCGGACCGCGAGCUGACGGAGGAGCUGCACGAGAUGGAGAGGGAGGUCGGGAAGGAGCUGGCCAAUAAGGCGCAGGACCACUUCCAGGAGCAGACGGCGCGCCCGGCCAGCGGAUGCCAGGGGCGCGGCGCGUCGUGGUGGGCCCUUGUGGCCGCGCUGUGCCUGCUGCGCCUCCGCCGCCUCUACGACGGCCACGGCUGAGGCGCCGGCGAGAGGAACUGCGGAGAGGGACGUCGGCGAGGCAAAAGUUCCCAUAGUAUUCGUAUUUAAGAAUGAAUAAAUCGCGCUGUGAAACCCGUUGUUUUAGGAAGGAGAAUAGGAUACAUGCUCGGUUAAGCAUCUCCCCUUCACGCUCGUAGUGAGGAGUGAAUAGCAUUUAUUUUCUGCUGUGGAAAGGACAGCUGACCCGACCGAGGGGCGCAUGAAGGUCCCUGGCUAGUGUUGUGUAUUCUGACCGGUGCGGCCGCGGCGAAGGGCCUACCGCCUUGCCAGGGCGCGAAGGACCCUUCCGCGCUGGACACUCCCUCGUGCUUGUGAUUCCUUCGCGAAGAGGUUGUGUGGUUCCUUCAAGCUAGGAUCUUAAAUAUAUAUAUUCCUCCAAACAUAUAUAUAUUUCCUCCUGGGACAAGGGACUCCUGAGACGUGCCAGGAGACAGAGUUCGACGGGAGGCGAGGCCCGCGAGGACCUCCCGUCGCCGCGGCUUCCCCCCGCGUCCUGCCGGCGGGCGGCGCGGGCGGGGCGCGGGCGGGGCGCGGGCGGGGCGCGGGCCGGCCGCCUCGGGCAACCCCACUAAACCUCAGUAGUAGCUCUUGGUCUGCUAUAUUACAGUGCCUGAUUUUGUAUAUUUCGCUUUUGUGUGUUUUGAGGGACAUUUUAUCCGAUGAGGACUCUGUAUGAAAGAAAUAUGAAUCAUCGUUGUGGAGUUUAUAUGCGAUUUUUUUGUGUAAAAUAAUAGAUGAAUAUAUAUAUACAUAUAUCAUUUUUAAGAAGUGGUUUUUAGUGAAAAUAAAUAUUUAUGAGUUGAAUAUAUGAUUGGAUACAGUGAUUCGACGAUUUUUUAUGUCUCGGUGAUGUGCAUUUCACCUUUGGAUUGUUCCUUCACAAACACAUUAUAUAUAUAUUGCAUGGUGACAGUUUCUAGUGAACGCUUUGAAUUUGUGGACAAAAAAGAUAAUUUAGCAAAAAUCAUCUGUUGUGAAUUGCAUAAUAUUAUUGUCAUCUCUGGAAUGGAAAAGACUGAGUGUAUUUCUUUUACGUUUUUGAUGCAUGUAUUGCAUGCAAGGCGAGGCAAAAUCUCUAAACUCUUCGGAGAGAACUGAUAGACCUUCAGAUGUAUUACAGAAAAUGAUGGUCACUAAAAUUUCUGUUGAUUAUAUUUUUAUUACCAAUGCCAGGAAAAAAAGAACGCAAGGCUAAAAAAAAUAUAUAUAUAUAAUAGCAUCUGUAAUGUGAUGCUGUCUUUGUUUGCAUAGACUUUUCAUACCAUUCUCUGAAACACUAAUCAAGAACGUUGCUUUUGAAAUGUGUGAGGUUUGAAUACUAUAGACACUUAACCCUUCAUUGCCAUAUUCCACAAAUGCAUAAUAUAUUUACUAAUGAAACUUUUUUUUUUCUUCAAUGGAAAUCUAUGCUCGUAAUGCAGCUAAUUGUAAAUACCAUAUAUAGUUCUUUCAAGCAGAUUGUAAAGUAAAAAAAAAUAAAUGAUAAUAUAACAGGGUAUGAUACUUACGACAUGCAGUAAAAAAAAUUAAGAUGAAAAAAUAUAUAUAGGCCUGGCAAUGUCAAGUGUAGAAGACGUUUCUCUCAAUAGAUCAUUUCUUGAGUUGUCAAUGAAUCUGAUGUUGCAUGCCGAUUCUUUACAAAAGAGAGGGUGCAACUGUGCAAUUUGCACUCGAGACCGUGCAAAGACUGGGACAUAAUUCUCGAGAGAGGUAAAGCCACAGAUGGAAGAACAAGCUCUGGCAGCAUGACUAUAGUUGAAAACCCUUAUUUAAAAAAAGGUAUGAAAGGGUGUUAGACUAGCAUAAUUAAGUGUUUAUGAACAACCUUAAUCUCCCUGUCGGCGGGACUAUGUGCCUGAAACCCUUGUAAUAAUAACAUAAAUUUGAGCUUCCAAGAAUAAGCAAACUGUAUAUUGAAAUUGAAAUUAGAGGAAAUAAAAAAAAUCAUUAA